AUUCGAUCCCCGCUCCAAAAACCUAAGAUUUUCCAAAGGGAUCUACCCCAAAGAAAAAGUAUAAAAACCCGUGUUCUGGUGGCUCCGGACACAAUCACACACAGUUUUUCAAGCAGUUUGCGCAGUUAUUCCGUUUAGCUCAAACAGUUUUUCGAGUAGUUCGGGGGCGCAAUCAAAGAGUAAAGUCAGUUGAUACCUUGUCGCGAUCGUCUCGUGGUGCAUCUCAAGUAGAAGGCCCAUCACCCUGACGACACCAUCCCGCAGCAGGGUGCCCACGCGUUUACAAAAAAAGGGGUCCGACGCUCAUAUAACGCCUUCCCUCAACGGGGCGCCUGCUCAGAACCACCGAACAUAGUCAACCCGACUUGAAACUAUCCUACAACGAUGAGAACUAAACAUUCGCCGCGACCCAACAAUCGUCGGAACCGCUCGGAUCUCUCGGCAUUUGCUCUCUGUUUAGCUAUAUUCCUCCCGCCAUACGUUAGAUACGCUGCGAGGGUCACCGUAAGACCCAUUAGAAUUAGGCGACACACCCCAUUUAAUAACGCCCGUACAAGCACUCACACGCAAACAGACCAACCUCCUCCAUUACCACCGAUUCCUCAGGAAUUUCCUCAACCACCUCCUCAACCCUUUCCCGUGUUCGACUUUCCUCUACUUCCUUCUCCUAGGUCUAUCUCUCCGUCUCUUGAAGAGUUCCUGGAGUACAGACCCCCUUCGCCUGUCCGCUUCUAUCCUCCUCCAGUAGAGGCUCAACUGGAGGAAUUCCCACGAAACGAUCCGGAGUUCGACAACAUAUCCGUCAACUCCGAAGCCACUACCGUCGAAUACGUCGCGGUUCCUCCCCCAUCUUCCUAA